CCUCCCCUUGUAAUACUGGCUACUUCAACUGACACGCGCACAAAACCGCUCUCCCAAAAACAUGGCAGACGAAGACCUCAUCUUCCACAUGGAAUGCCUCGAUAAUGCAAAAGUAACAAAAUCGGCCUCUGGAAAUUACCACGAUGGUGACAGCGACGACGAAGACGCUUACUACAUUUGCCCGAUUACAGACGACCCCGUCUCAGUCAAGGCUGCGAAUGGCAAAGUCACCAACUACUACAGCAAUUUGGUCAAAAAUGAGCAAUACUCCUCCAGCUCUUCUCCUCGAAAUUCGUUCCAUUUCAAGAAUGGCACACCGCAACUUGCUAAGCAUGGCUGUGUGGUUGACCGUAGCCGGGAAGCUUGGAAGCACGCCAUUGAGAAAGCAAAGCACAUGCCUGACCCUUGGGCUGAAUUUCACCUAGAGGACAUUGAAACUGAACAUGCCACCCGGUACAGGUACAAUGCUGUUACAGGGGAAUGGGUCGAAGAUGAGGUUCUCAUCAAAAUGACUUCCCAGCCAUUUGGCCGCGGUGCGAUGCGUGAGUGCUUCCGGACGAAAAAGCUAUCCAAUUUUUUGCACACCCAGAACUGGAAAGGGGCCUUCAACUACGUGGCCAAGCGAUACAUCGAGACGGUCAGCAGAGAUGUCUAUUUUGAGGAUGUGCGGCUCCAGAUGGAGGCAAAGCUGUGGGGGGAAGAGUACAACCGGCAUAAGCCACCCAAGCAGGUGGACAUAGUCCAGACUUGCAUUAUCGAAAUGAAGAACCGGCCAGGCAAGCCUCUCUUUCACCUGGAGCAUUAUAUCGAGGGCAAAUACAUCAAGUACAACUCAAAUUCAGGAUUUGUGCGAGAUGACAACAUUCGCCUCACCCCACAGGCUUUUAGCCACUUCACAUUUGAACGAUCAGGGCACCAACUGAUAAUCGUUGACAUCCAAGGCGUUGGAGACCUUUACACAGACCCUCAGAUCCACACGGAGAGCGGCACAGACUUUGGAGAUGGCAACUUAGGUGUCCGGGGAAUGGCGUUGUUCUUCCACUCUCAUGCAUGCAACAAGAUCUGCAAAAGCAUGGGCCUCACGCCAUUUGAUCUCUCUGCCAACGAGAACGAUGCCUUGUAUCAUAGCAGUAAGCUCCUUGAAUCAGCACGGACAGUUGUGCGGGGCACAGAAGAGAAAUGUGGCAGUGCCCGAGUGAGAACCAUCUCCGGCAGCCGGCCUCCUUUACUUUUCCGUUUGUCUGAAAAUUCUGGAGAUGAAAGUAUGAGUGAUGUGGCGUUCGAUUCAUUACCUUCCUCUCCUUCUUCGGCAACACCCCAUAGCCAGAGGAUUGACAUGCUUCACUGGCCUGUUUUUAAUGAAGUUGACAAUUUGGUUCACAAGGAUCAUGAGGGCCUUGACAACCAAAGGGACUCUGAAAAUGGAGGUGACAGUGGAUACCCGAGUGAAAAGAGGAGUGAUCUGGAAGACCUGGAUCACCGAGAAAGGGCCCAUUCCAACCUCAACCGAAGGCACGAAUCUGACGAGGACAGCUUGGGAAGUUCUGCAAGGGUCAGUGUGGAGAAAUGGAAUCUCUAUAACGCUGCACGAGUUCACAUUCACAGACCUUCCUGUGUUGCAGUGGAAGUGCAGAGACUCAAUGCCCUGGAGUUGGAGAAGAAAAUUGGGAAGUCCAUCCUUGGAAAGGUCCACUUGGCCAUGGUUCGUUACCAUGAGGCAGGCCGUUUCUGUGAGAAAGACCAGGAAUGGGAUCACAAAUCCGCCGUUUUCCACCUGGAGCAUGCAGCUGACUGUGGAGAGCUGGAAGCCAUUGUUGGGUUAGGUCUCAUGUAUUCUCAGCUGCCCCAUCACAUUCUCUCAGAGGUCAAUCUGGAGGACAGCCCAGAAAACAGAACCAAAGGCUUUGAUUAUUUGCACAGAGCUGCAGAAGCAGGAGAUCGCCCUUCCAUGAUCCUUGUUGCAAGAGCAUAUGACACAGGCAUGAACCUUGCCCCUGACAGAGACCGAGACUGGAGGGAAGCCCUGCACUGGUAUGAUGCAGCACUGAACAUGACAGACUAUGAUGAGGGCGGGGAAUACGACGGAACACAAGAUGAACCCCGGUACCUGCUCCUGGCGAGGGAAGCAGAGGUAUUGGCAACAGGAGGGUUUCAUCUGGACAAGGACCCGCAGAGAGCAGGUGAGCUGUACACAGAAGCCGCAGAAGCUGCAACAGAAGCCAUGAAAGGCAGAUUGGCCAACCAGUACUAUCAGAAAGCUGAGGAAGCCUGGGCUAUGAUGGAAGAGUGAAACUUGAACUCAAUGUUGCUUUCUUUGGAGAUAUCAGGACAAAGACUUUUUUUUUACAAGACUUGUUUUUGAUUGAGGGGGAAGCAAAAAUGUUAUUUUUAUGUGUCGUUUUCAUUGAUCUCAUGGAUUGUUGUUUUUUUCAUACAAUGAUUUCCCCCCCCCCCUAACUUGAUUCCAAAAGGAAAGAAAACUAGAAGCGGUAAAAAUGACUAAUAUUUUUAAAGCUGCAAUAUGGAUUUCCGCUGAUGUUUUGUAAAAAAGAACCUGUCCAACCCCAGAAACCCUGGUUUACUGGAAAACUGUUGAGUUGACGCGUUUUGAUGAUGUGCGUUAUAUGACGCCCAUGAGAAGGUCAUUUUCUCUACACACCUCUCCUCCCUCAUGCCUCUCUUGAUUACAAAGUGCAGAUUUCCCCCCCCCCCCCCUUUAAAAACAAAAAAGGCUAGUGUGUCAGGUUGAGAUUUGAGCCUUGGGUGCUGAAUUGGAGAGAGAUGGCCUUUUUUGAGGAAGAACAGCCCAAAAAUGGGGAAUUUCAUCAUUGCCAAAGGGUACGAGUUGGCAGGCAGGAUGGGGGCACAUCCUUUGGCCUCAUGGGAUUAUGAGCUCCUAACCUCUUCUGAUCAUUUUACACAUUUACCUUAUAUUUUGGUUACAAUCCCAUGUGUGUGCUCCUGUGGAUCUCCCUGCUGUGUUGGCUGAUAUUGUUUGAGCAAAUGGGCCUGCCCUUCCCCUUUCUGUCCACCCAGCAGUGAAAAAUGGAGGAGGUUGUCUAUCAUGACGGAAGGUGCGGAGACCCCUUUCUGUCAUGGACUCCAAGCUGGAAAGUGAGCUAAGGAGGGUUUUUUCAGCCAAAUGCUGCUCUCUGUUUCAAGGGAAGAGGGGGCAGAGGAUCUGUUGAUUUAUUAUUAUUAUUAUUAUUUUGCAUUUUUGGCAUGAAAUUGGAUUGGCCAGCUUCUGUGGCAGUUCACAUUUGCUCACCCACUCACACACUGUGUGAAUGCACUGGCAGUCUAUGGCCCUGGCAUGGGGCAAUGUAGAUAUGCUAUAAUUUCACAUUGCCCAACUCACGUGGCAAGUGCAUUUAUGCUUGGGAUUUUUAAAAACUAAGCAUUUAGGCAUAGAAUGCACAAAGAAAGCAGUCCCUGGAGCUGCAUUGUGGUUUGUUUGUGCCACAGAACUUUUGCCCCAGGGCAGGGCUGGUGUCAGCAUACUGGUGGAGUGGGGCAGCUACGAGGGCCUGUGGGGGCCCACUGCAACCAACACCCCUUCCCACUCACAUACCUUUCCUGCCGCCUACCCUUCCUCCACCUGAUCUCAGAUGUUCCGCUACCUGUGCUCCCAGUCAAAUGUUCUGCCCAUCAUAAUUGGCGCACAGUGGAAAUUUUGCACAGCAAUGGUGCUUCUGGCAGUCAUGGUGGCAGCACCCUCAGCCACACACACAUGCCCAGUGCUGCCAGGCAAAGGGGGGAGGCUCCCGAGCAGAUGAAGGAAAGAUGCACAGUCAAGGGAAGGGACAAGGGUAGGCAGAGGGGUCCCUGGGCCUACCGUGCCCUGGGCCUCCUUAACCUGGAACAUGCAUCUCCAAAAACCUGAUGAAGGUGCUUGAGCCUUAGAUCGUGUGAAUCCGUUCCUGUAGCAGAGGCUUUUCCCUCCAGCUGAAAGAGUCUUCCCCAAGUACAAUGCAAGCCCGUCUCAUCGGGACUGCUCCUUCCACUUGGGGAGGGAUGGUGGCUCAGUGGUAGAGCAUCUGCUUGGGAAGCAGAAGGUCCCAGGUUCAAUCCCCGGCAUCUCCAACUAAAAAAGGGUCCAGGCAAGUAGGUGUGAAAAACCUCAGCUUGAGAACCUGGAGAGCCAUUGCCAGUCUGAGUAGACAAUACUGACUGAUGGACCAAGGGUCUGAUUCAGUAUAAGGCAGCUUCAUAUAUGUUCACCGGUGGAAAGCUGUUGCACUGGCAGAACAAAUUAGUGAGAUCUAACCCGUGGAGUUUCCCCUUUGUUUUUUGUCUAAAUGGACUUUCUCUAAAUAUUGCAGUGCAAAUACUCUGCAUCUUAGCUGUUUGCUAGAUAACAACCAUCUCUUUGAGAAUGAUUUGUGUUUACAGAACUAUGCACAACUUAUUUCAUUGAAUUUCUGUACAUUUUUUUUACGGUAUGUUUGUAAUGGAUAAACUUUUGGAAACAGCCUUGUUGUAUUACUAAAAAUCAUCAUGAUUUAAAAAAAAACUAAGCAAUUAAUCUUGCAAAAUACACAGAAGAAACACUUGAUAGCUUUAAUGAGAGAUCAGCAGUUGACUUAAUAAGGAAUGCUGGCCCAGUGAAGUUUUUUAGCAUGUACAAUAUGCAAAUACGGCUGCCCCCCUUUUCAUUUAUUUUAUGCCCUUUAAACCUCUAGUUCUGUUCUCUUAACUAUGUUUAAUGUUUGCCACACUCUUGCAGAGAAUGAUGCUGAAUUCUUCUGCUGUACCUUUAGCCCCUCAGAUAGUGAUAUUUUUGAUAUUCUAGUUUUGGACUGACUGAUACAUUAAUUAUUAUCUACAGCAUUCAAGGCACGUCUGAGUGACUGAAUCCAUAUCAAAUACCACAAACCGUACUUCUGUGCCAUAUUUUUCUUGUCCCCUCAAUUGCAGUUUUUAAACCGAGUGUUCAACUGUAAUUCCUCAAGGGAUGAAAAAUAUUGGUGAUAUCCCUGCAUGUGUGAAUGGGCCUUACAUAGUCUACACAGUGUUUUUAUAAGCUUUGUUCAGUGGGAACUCAUGAGGACUUUGGCGUUUAAUCCCUGGGACAUUUCUCUGCAGCCACAUCUGUUUCACCAUUCCAAGCAUAUACAAUAAAACAAGUUAACUGUUUGGAUUCUGAUUUAAUUACCCAGCUCAUCAUCAAAUAAAACAGAUUGUUACCUCUGCAACUGAAGCACUUUUUUCGAGGGAGGGGUGCGGUGGUCUACAGUUUGAAAUGUGCAAGGAUCCCUUUUCUAGUUUGAUAAGAAAUAAAAAUGUUUUACAAUGAA